UUCUUCUGCUUUGUUAGUUUUGUUUUGGGUAUUUCUUGAUGUUGUAUUUAUGGCAACUUCCACUACCCAUUUUAUGCACCAAUUUCACUCUCAAAACGAAGACGAAACCACCGAAAACCACAAUGGAGAUGUAGUGGCUCGGCGUCCACGGGGUCGGCCUCCCGGAUCCAAGAACAAGCCGAAGCCGCCAGUCAUAAUAACUCGCGAAAGCGCCAACACGCUAUGCGCUCACAUCCUCGAAGUAGGCGGCGGGAGCGACGUGUUCGAGUCGGUUGCCAUGUAUGCAAGAAAGCGACAGCGCGGGAUCUGUAUAAUGAGCGGGAGUGGUAUAGUAACUAACGUGAGUCUGCGCCAGCCAGCAGCGGCUGGAGCCGUUGUCACGCUUCACGGAAGGUUCGAGAUACUUUCUUUGUCCGGGUCGUUCUUGCCGCCGCCAGCGCCUCCAGGGGCGACGAGUUUGACUAUUUUUUUGGCUGGAGGUCAAGGGCAGGUGGUCGGAGGGAACGUGGUAGGCGAGUUGGUUGCUGCUGGGCCGGUUAUGAUGAUAGCGGCUUCGUUCACUAACAUGGCUUACGAGAGGCUGCCAUUGGAUGAGGAGGAGGAGAAGGCGACGACGGGAGCUAAUAGUAGUGGGGCUAAUCCGCCGCCGCCGUCGCUUCCCUUCUUUAGUUUACCUAAUGGUGUUCAACUUCCGCCAGCUGCGGGUGACGGCUGGGGUGGAAGCCCGGCUGCGCGUUCGGGUUAUUGACUAGUCUAUAUAUAAUGUUGUAAGAUCAAAAGGUCAGUUAUAAAUAUCUAAUCUUUGUAGUUUCUAAAAAUUAGUUAAUUCGGUUAGUGUUUUGUUAUUGUUAAUGUUGUUGUUUUAGUGUUUCUUCCCACUUCUGUUUUUGUAUAUUAUGUUAUGGAUUCCUCCA